UGCAUUUGUAGUGUUACUUGCUACUAGUACCUACUAGUCAUAGCACCAUCGCAAACCCUAUAAAACACCGAAACAGAUCCCACUAGGGUUUCGGAGGCAGAAAAUUAGGGUUUGCCAAAUGGCGUGCACAAUCGAUUUCAGAUGCCUAGACGAAGGCUUCGGUGGCAAAACCUACAAGAGAAAGCGAGCCGAGCAAGCCGAACAACUCCUCCUCUCCAUCCAACCACCCGCCGCCGCCGCCGAUGCCGCCGCCUCCAUGGACGUCGACAGCAACGCGCCUCCGUCAAAGAGACAAGCCGUGCCAUCGUCCGACAACCCAAACAAACCCGCGUACGGAAACCCCACCUACGACGGCGUGAUCGCCGGGAGAGUCUCCGGGCGACGGUGGAAGCAGCCGAGGACGCGCAGGUCGUCGGCGAUGCACGUUAAGGGAGCGACGACGUCGUUCGAGCAGAGGGCGAAGCAGAAGGAGGUGAAGAAGGCGUACAAGGAGAGGAUGGUUGAGCUGAAGGAGGAGAUAAGGCUGAAUAAGGUGGAGAAGAGGAAGAAGAGAGAGGAGAGAGAGAAGAGGAAGAAGGAGAAUGUCUUGAGGACUGGGACUAAGCUGCAGGUGAUUACAAAUCCCAAGACGCUUAAGAAGAUUGCCAAGUCUAAGCAGAGGAAGCAACUCAAGGUUGUACCUGAUGAUUUGCUUAACAAAAAUAAGAACAAGAAAAAUUAAGGGUUUUGUUGCUUUUUGUGGGUUUAAUUGUAUUUGCCAAGUUUUGUUGUGGGUUUUGAUUAGCGGGAUCAAAAUCAAAGACUGAGCGGAAUCUGUUGUUUCUUUUAGCAUGGAAAUGGGUAUUUGUUUUUGUUGGAGAAA